AUGGCUGAAAGGUCAAAGAGAAUAAGGGGGGUAGCAGUGGCCAGAGGUGGAACAAGGGUCAGUCACCGGCUUUUUGUAGAUGAUUGUGUGAUUUUUGGGAGAGCUCUUAUGGCAGAAUGGCAGAGGAUUCAUAGGCUGUUGGAGAUGUACGGGAAGGCCUCAGGACAGAUGCUCAAUUUACAGAAAUCCACUAUCUUUUUCAGCUCAAAUACACCUACUGCAGUGAGAAGACAAAUUCAAAGGGAAGCAGGGGUCCCUGUGUGUGGGAAUUAUGAGAAAUAUCUAGGUCUACCUGCCAUGAUAGGUAGAUCUAGGUAUAACACUUUCAGGGAAGUAAAGGAAAGGGUAUGUGCAAGGCUGAAUAAUUGGAAGAACCUGUUUCUAUCGCAAGCAGGGAAAGAAAUUUUGUUGAAAGCAGUUAUCCAGGCUAUUCCUACAUACUCAAUGAGUGUGUUCAUGUUGCCUAGAAGAAUUUGCAAAGAGAUCUCUUCACUCAUGGCCAGAUUUUGGUGGGGGCAUAAAGAAAAAGAUAACAAGAUUCAAUGGAGAAGUUGGGACAAAUUGGGGGACUCAAAAAGGGAUGGGGGGUUAGGUUUUAGGGAUCUUGAAUGUUUCAAUCAAGCAAUGCUGGAGAAUGCUCACCUCCCCUUCUUUGAUGGUUGUCGAGAUUAUGAAGGAGAAAUAUUUUAG